ACCCUGAAUGUAGCAGCUACAACAAUAACAUGUGCCAUGUCUGCUUCAGAGGCUAACAAUAUGGAGAAUAUUGUUCAUGAAUUGAUGAAUGAAACUGAGGAUAAAGAUAUUUUACGAGAGCUAGAGGACUUUUCAUUGGAAUUGAUUCAUGGAAAAGUCGUUUUCACAGCUUUUGACUGCUUUACAAUUGAUUACUCCUUAUUCACUAAGAUUAUCGGAGCUGUGGCAUCCUAUGUUAUCAUAUUUUUACAGUUUGGAAACUUUGAUUAUCAGCAAAUUUUCAAUGUCGAACGGAAUGAAACUGCAUCCUCUUAACUGAGCGAAGAGACUAAUUUUAUGGUGAAAUCAUUUGGAUAUUUUUUUGCCUUGUCACGUCUUAAAAUUAUAGAAUGUAGAAUAUAAAUUAUAGAAAUUUAUAGAAAUUAUAGAAUACCUAG